UUUGUAAGUAUCAAGGUGGUUCAAUACACUUUACCACUGAGCGUGACAUCAUCAACCCGCGUCAAUGUUUUCUUGUUAUCAUCAUUCAUCUCGAAUAUUUGCCUGGAUAAAACACAUUUCAGCAGAGCCUCCAGCAGUGAAUGAGGUCUAGAGUUGUUUUGAAGAAGCCCUCCAUCUGGAGCCAAGAUGGGCCAGCAGCUUUCUGGCCAGGCAGUGACCAGACUCCCUGAGAAAGUGAUCAAACAUGUGGGUCUAGUGCGUGACAGUGGCUACCUCACCUAUGAUGAGUUCUUGGGUCGUGUGGCAGAGCUCAACGAUGUAACUGCUAAACUAGCCUCCGGCCAAAAGAAACAUCUUUUGUUUGAAGUUCAGCCAGGAUCUGAUGCAACCGCGUUAUGGAAGGUUGCUGUGAGAAUAGUGUGUACCAAGAUUAACAAGGAGGAUGGAAUGGUGGAGGCCUCGCGUAUUAUGAAUCUGUACCAGUUUAUCCAGCUCUACAAAGACAUCACCAGUCAGGCAGCUGAAGUAUUUUGUUCAGAGGCUGCAGCAGAGGGAUCCUCUGGACCGCUGUCAUCAGAAGACACCUGCCAGGUCAGCAUGUGGAUGGGCAGGGUGAAACAGUUGACUGAUGAGGAAGAAUGCUGUAUCUGCAUGGAUGGGAAAGCAGACCUUAUUCUGCCCUGUGCACACAACUUCUGUCAGAAGUGCAUUGACAAGUGGAGCGGUCAGAGCCGAAACUGCCCCCUCUGCCGGAUUCAGGUGACUGCCGCUAAUGAAUCAUGGGUCAUGUCAGAUGCUCCCACGGAGGAAGAUAUAGCUGGGUACAUUCUCAAUCUAGCAGAUGAAGCCGGGCACCCACACCGACCUUAAAAUGAAGCACUGAGCCACUGUCAUACUCCCUGUCUCCCCAGUACAGAUGACCUUCUUUAAACAGUUAUUUCAUUGUGUGACUGUGGGUAUUUGUUGCACUAUAUAGUGUCGCUCACUGAAAGCAAUACUGCUGAGUUUUUGAAUUUUUAAUAAACUAUUUUUAGGUUAACCAUAUUAUAACACCUGACCAAUCCAUAGACGUGACUGUGAACUGUAUGUAGAUAAAUGCUAGAUGAGAUGUAGCUGUAAAACUUAAUUUCCUCAUGCACUUGCCGUUUUAUCUUGUUUGUGAAGUAAUUGCACUUAAUUGCAUUUGUUCCGUAAAGGCCUUGUAAUACCUGAAUACCGUCACAGUAUCAGCAUGUGCAACAGUUUCAUAGUAUUGAUGCUGUAAUUCAGUCACACAUGAUUCAGUAACAUUAACUGUACAGUUGAUGUGCAUUUAUAAUCUUAGGCUUAACAAUAAUUAUAGUGAUCUGUUUGACAUGAACUCAUUAUCUAUGUGUAAGUUGGUUCAAUUGUUAAUUAUAGGGCGUGACUCUGGUAUAACAUUCAUUACUGAACAUAAUUAUGAUGGAUUAACAUUUGAGAAUGAGCUAA